UUUGACAUUACCUACUUUACCUUGUUGGAGGGAAGAAGCCAACGAACCAAGUGAAGUCGGCGCAUUCAGGCGGCGUUCGGUUCAGGCGAAGGAGAGGUCUAGUAAACCAACAAAACAGUUAUAACCUCGCGCCAUGUGGAACUCUAACACCGCGUCGGAGAUUGAACCGUCAUCGUCAUCAUCAUCAUCGUCGUUCUCCACCACGCUCUUCAAUUUCUCUUCUGGAAACCCUAGAAUCGAAGAAACUCGCGGCCUCAUGCAUCUCAUCCCCGCCGACGCCACCACCACCACCGCCCCUCCCUCUCUUCCGGUUGAUCGGAAACCGCUCGUGUGUGUCGUCGGAGUUCCGAAUCACAUGACCUAUGCGGAUUUCUGCCAAUUCUGCGGCUCGUUCAUUCACCACAUUCUCGAGAUGCGCAUUGUCAGGAUGGAUGGAAUGGAGGAUCACUACAGUGUCUUGAUCCGUUUUGAUGAACAGCAAUAUGCUGAUACUUUCUACACACACUACAAUGGUCGUCGUUUCUCAUCUCUUGAGGUUGAGGAGUGUCGUGUUCUUUUCACAUUGGAUGUGCAGUACACUGGCUCAAUUGAACAUGCUCAACCAUCCAGUGCUAGCUCAACUGAACAGCCUACAUGUCCUGUAUGCCUCGAGCGGUUAGAUCAAGACACGAGUGGAAUUCUUACAACCAUAUGCAAUCAUUCUUUCCAUUGUUCUUGCAUUUCAAAAUGGGCAGAUUCCUCUUGUCCUGUAUGCCGCUACUGUCAGCAGCAAGCCGAAAAAUCUAUAUGUUUUGUUUGUCAGACCACUGAGAACCUUUGGAUAUGUGUUAUAUGUGGGUUUGUUGGGUGUGGAAGAUACAAAGGUGGACAUGCCAUAAUACACUGGAAAGAGACACAGCAUUGUUAUUCCCUCGAAGUGGAAACCAAACGCGUCUGGGAUUAUGCGGGAGACAACUAUGUUCACAGACUUAUUCUAUCGAAAACUGAUGGGAAGCUGGUUGAGCUGAACUCUCACUGUGCGCAUGCAGACAGCGGAUGUGGAAGUUGCAGCUGUGAAGAUAGUGCUGUCAGCGAGGCUAUACAUAAUAGUAAAGUUGAAGCUAUUGUCAACGAAUAUAAUGAAUUGCUGGCCAGUCAACUUGAAAACCAAAAAUUGUAUUUUGAAUCCUUAUUACAAGAAGUAAAAGAAGAAACUGAAAGGAAAAUUUCCCAAGGCGUUCAGAAGGCUGUCAGUCUUAAACAGCAGAAGAUUCAGGCCAAGAUCGACAGAUUUAACAAAGAAAAGAAAUUUCUGGAGGAGAUUAAUGAGAAUCUUGUGAAAAAUGGGGAGAUUUGGAAAGCAAAGUUACUUGAGAUUGAAGAGAGGGAGAAGAAAACAUUAAAACUGAAUAAUGAUAGAUUAACAGGCCUGGAAAAGCAGCUUAGUGAUCUCAUGAUUUGUCUCGAGGGAGGGAAGACUGUGCCCGUGUCAAAUGAAAUUAAAGAUGAAACUGUCUUUGACAACUCAAAAGAAUCGUCGUCAACUAAAGGCUCUUAGCUGGGUAAGAAAAAGCCGAACAGACGAAGAAUCAUUUCGUCAAUGGACUAACUGCAUUCCUCAGACUUCAGAUUGACCUGCACCAUUAUAAAGUUCACAAGAUUACACAUACUACACACGCGGAUGUAUACACGAGUUUGUGAUGUUUCCACCUGAUUUUUUUUUCCGUUUUAUCUUUCAAGAUUUGUAAAUAGAAAGAUUUUCAUCAUUCAUAUACUGUUGAUGGAUUCAUCAGGCAGACACUUUAGACUAUAAAUAUCGAAAUUAACAAAUCCUAUAAAUUCGUCAAAUGGCAACCAACAA